GGGAAGAUGGCGCUGUCCAGGGGGCUGCGGUGCUGCCAGCGCGUCUUCGGCUGGCUGCCGGUGCUGAUCAUCGCCCUGGUGGUGCUGUGGUCCUACUACGCCUACGUCUUCGAGCUCUGCUUGGUGACUCUGACCAGCUCUGUAGAAAAAGUGACCUACCUCAUAAUAUUCCAUGUGAUCUUCGUUUUCUUCAUCUGGACCUACUGGAAGUCUGUAUUUACUCCUCCACGACAACCGGACAAAAAGUUCCAAAUGUCCUACGUUGACAAGGAGCGCUAUGAGAAUGAAGAGAGGCCCGAAGCCCAGCGGCAGAUCCUUAUGGAAAUGGCACGGAAAUUGCCAGUCUACACAAGAACAGGGAAUGGAGCCAUUCGGUUCUGUGACAGAUGCCAGUUAAUCAAACCUGACCGCUGCCACCACUGUUCCGUUUGUGCUAUGUGUGUAUUAAAAAUGGAUCAUCAUUGCCCAUGGGUGAACAACUGCAUUGGAUUCUCCAACUACAAGUUCUUUCUGCUGUUUUUGGCAUAUUCUCUGUUGUACUGCAUGUAUAUCGCUGCAACUGUCUUUAAGUAUUUCAUCAAGUUUUGGAAGGCAGAGCUGACUAAUGGGCGCUCCAAGUUCCACAUCCUGUUCCUGCUUUUUGUGGCCAUUAUGUUUUUUGUAAGCCUCCUAUUUCUCUUCAGCUACCAUUGCUGGCUUGUCAGUCGGAACAGGUCCACACUGGAAGCUUUCUCAGCUCCCGUGUUUCAGAACGGCCCUGAUAAAAAUGGAUUCAACCUAGGUUUUGUAAAGAAUCUCCAACAGGUGUUUGGAGAGAAAAGAAGGCUGUGGCUCCUACCUGUUGUCUCCAGUCAGGGGGACGGACAUUUCUUCCCAACAAGAACCUUGAGUGAAGCUCAGAAUCCGCUGCUGGCAAACGAGGAGCAGUGGGAAGAAGAAGGGCUGGAGGACGACAGCCACGUUGUUUUGCUCGCGCAUCCAGAUUACCACCAAGAUUCAUCUCUUGCUGUGGAAAUAGAGACGUAGCACUACUGAAUGACUGCUGAUGAAAAACUCUCACACUCAGGAGAACCUGAUUUUGACUGGCAAGUGGCAGUUGAAGAGCGAAAUCCCCUCUUCCCUUCCUGCACAUCUCCAGUCUGAAUUACAUCUGGAUCCAGCCAGCACUAUUCCUCCUUUCUACAGCCUGCCUCAUCCCAUAUGACUUUUGUCCAUGCAGGUCUCGUGUUCCCAGCAAAGCCCUGUGGACGGUCAAAAGAGACACCUCCAUCUCUUUUCACCUGCAGAGAAGCUGUUUGGAUCCAGCCCACAACAGAUAUCUGUAAUCUUUGUCAUGCCUAUUUUGGCACUUAGAUAUAGAAGAAUGGGAUUUGCUUGCAAUCAGACUCAUUCUUAUGUCUCUCCACCCUCCACCCAUUUGAAUUGCAGCUUCCUUCUCUCAUUAGCUUCUUCCUGUGAUAGACACGGGGUAGAAAAACACAGGAAUGAAGCAAACAGAUUUUCGGAACAAGAAAGAAGCAUUGCCCGCUGUUGCUCCUCGCUCUCCGGGACAGUGCCCUUGAUCUUGCUUCCAAGACUUCCUACACGUUCCUGAUUUUCACAGGGCAGCUCGGGAGUGAUGAAGGCCACUCAUGACCUCUUCCUCUUCUUACCAUGGCUCCAUGGUAAUGAACACAUUGUUUAAUGAACACACUGCACAAAUGCCUUAAUGGCAGUUGUCUCAUCUCACUGCUGCAGGGACGGCUCCGCAACAGAGAGGAGCUUUGCAAAUGGAUGUCAACUGGAGAACUUCUUGGCAGGAAUCAUGUUUGCCAAACCAGGUCUGUUAGUUAGAAAGCCCAGGUGAGUAUGCCCCACGCAUGCUGGCUGCAGUGGCACCUCCCACGCACAUCACAUAUUAAUCCCUAACUUUGAAUAACUCCAGCAUUUUCAGUCUUGAAAAGCACCUGCCUUGGUGCAGGGUAAAGGUGGCAUGAGUCCCAGAGCACAAUCCUUGCAGCAGGUGCCUGCGGUUUUGAAAUCUACCCCUCCCCCUCCCCCCCCACCCACAAAAAUACCAGGGUAACAUUCUGAAGUAGGAUAUCUGCCUUUGACCUGCCUGAUAGCAGCCUGGGUCCCACCAAGGUGGUGAUUUGCUAUCUGGGCAGUAUCACCACCAAACUGCAAGGGGAGCUUCAUGCAAUGGAAUAGUUUUCCCACCACCACCCAGACUCCUGCCUAUUUUAAAAAACCAGCACACCGGGGAGGAGGCACGGCUAGGCUAGGACAUUUCUCUUGGGCGUCGAGUUCUUUCUCCGAAAGGAAUUUUGAAAAGAGCAGCUUCUCCUGUAGGCCCUCGUGCGCAGGUAGACUGUGAGCUGUGCUUAGACCCCCAAACACUCUUACAAGAAUCUGUGCACGUCUUUUUUUUAAUUAAAUCAAGCCUCUCUGACUUUAGCAGCCAUUUGAUUAGGAAUGCUGGAACUGCUAGGCCUUUCUCUUUUGCCUGGAUUGUAUUAUGUUGAAAUCUUAUGGACACUUUUGAUGCUGAAAAGUCCUGCCAAAUAAGACCUUAUCCGGAGAGAUUCCUCCACUGUGAUGAUCACAUAACUAGGAGGAAAGAAACCAAAUGCUGAAAGGACAUUGCAGUUGGGAAGCACGAUAUGAGCAUUUUAUAAACCUUGCAUUGUGCUCAGGUACAGAGAUGGAUUUGUCAAAACGCUGCCCUUCAACAGCAAGGAUUUUUAAAAAAAUCAUUUCAAUGCAUCCCUAUUACGAAGUCAGCUCUCAGGAGCUGGAAAAUGCAAAGGCCAGAGAGACUUCCUUGUGCCAUUCCUUUCAGGAGAUUGUUCCAGUGUGCUGGUGCCACUUCUGGGUCCUGUGGAAGGGGUCAGUCUCGACUAAAGCUGCCUCGGGUGGUUGUUUUUCCUAAGGCAGAGACCAAUAUUGGGUUUCAGCAAACAACAGAAAAUUAAUGGUGCUGAAAUCCUGCUGAAAACAUUGAGUUUUAGUUUACAACGGCAUGUUUGUAAGCCUCACUGCUUCCACUGGGACUUGUGUUUGCCUGACUUUCCAUGGCAGCAGUGUGGAGUAGAGUGUGUGGCAUGUGGGCCUUGUCAAUCUGGGGACCCCUAUCAAGACCUUGUCCCCAUGUGUCCUUUGUGCAAUGCAAAGCAGGCCGUAGCAGGGCUGCUCACACAGAACUCUUCUCCUAACACGAGUACUAACUAUUGUGUCAGAAAUAGUAAUUUGUUAAUGUUAUUACUAAACUGUGCAUUUUGCCUCCUUUUACUUGACAGAAGAAUUACUCUGUGAUUAAUUUUCAUUUAACAUGCCAGCACAUCCUUCUCUGCCAUUGAUUCCAGUCUUUCCAAACAUUAAAAGGCAGUGAAGUAAAGGUAACUCCUAGAAAAUAUUUUCAAAUCACUGUGUUUCUAACAAUUAAAACAAUGGAUUCUGAGUCA